GAACAUCGCAGACGGAUUUCGUAGAUUGCGCUCAUCGGCUCGUCGAGAGAAGUGUGCGCGCGCGAUUUUCGAGUUCACCUCGCGACUUUUCGCACUCUCCCCCCUCCCCCCUCGAUGCUACAACGCUACGGAAAAGAAAAUUUUGUUUUCCCGUUUGCUGAGAAGACCCACGAUUAAGUCAGUUCUCAUUCAAGGUGUCUGUGAACAAUGCCGGAUGACACUAGUAAGGCACUUGUUGCCUCACUGACGAUCACAACGUGAGCAGUCAGUCGUGAUCCGCGGAUCAUCUCGGGGAGAUAAUGAUUACAGAACAGACCUGGACCAUGAUGCUGGACAGCGAUAUUACGAGUAUCAACGAGUCGGCAAUUUCACCGAGGAAACAAUUAUGGAUCAAGGCGGUGAAGAAGUUAACGUCCGAAAGACUGGGUCGGGAAGGGCUGGCGGCGUGGGAGGAUCGGAAGUCCAACGCGGAUCCCGAGAUCGUCAUUGAACCCAAGGACACCAGUCAGGAGCCCGCCGAGGAUGUCGAAGCCGCGAAAGCGGAACCGGAAGCCGCGGAGCAGGCUGUGAGCGAGGAGGAGGCUCCGACGCAACGCGAUGUCUUCAAGAAAGGAACGCUGUACAAAGGAAUAUUUCUGCCCUCGCUGACCAAUAGCUUUCACAACAAGCAGCUGGAAACGUCCUAUCUUCUUUAUUCGAAUCGGCAGAGACAGAAGUCUUUGCUGAUGCUGAAUAUCGUGGAUCUCGGCCUGAAGAUUACAUUAACAGCAAUCUGGCUUUCGCAACGGGACCCAAAUAGCGGAGGUCUUAUCGAGGGUCUGUCGUGGGCUGUAUGUUGCAUGGCGGCGAAUCUGAUGGUCUGCGUGCUCGGCUGGUGGCGUUGCUUUUCUAACAAUUACUUGUACUGGGCCUCGAUAUUUACUUGGUUAUUAAUAAAUUCUCAAGGCUUCAUAAGUGCUGGUCUGAGUUUCAUCACGCAACAGCGACUCAUGUGGUACAUACUCUUCGUGGUGUACGCGCCGUACGCGAUGCUGCCGUUGCCACUGAGGUGGUGCGUCCUCGCCGGCUACGGAACGGCGCUUACGCACAUGGUUAUGGCCGGUAUAAGUCUCUUGCGGGAUUCCACAUAUCUGCAGGACAUAAUGUGCAUCAUUCGCAUGCUGACGACGAACGUGUUGCUGUAUCUGGCCGUGAAUCUGGCCGGUAUGUACACCAAGUAUCUGACAGAUCGGGGACAAAGACAGGCCUUCCUGGAGACGCAACGUUCCACGGAGACGCGUCAACGCACGCAGAACGAGAACAAUCGACAGGAAAAAUUGUUGCUUUCAGUGUUACCUGAUUUUGUUGCCAAAGAAAUGAUACGCGACAUCGCGCGCGAAACCGCCCGAGGGGGUACAAUAUCAUUCACGCCGAAUCAAUUUCAUCGGAUAUACAUCCAUCGUUACGAGAACGUCAGCAUUCUGUUCGCCGACAUCAAGGGAUUCACGGCUCUGGCGAGUCAAUGCAGCGCCCAGGAGCUGGUCAAGGUGCUAAACGAUCUCUUUGCUCGCUUCGACAAACUGUCGGCGGAAAACCACUGUCUGCGCAUAAAACUACUCGGCGAUUGUUACUAUUGCAUUUCCGGUUUGCCAAUCGCCAGAAGCGAUCACGCCCAUUGUUGCGUCGAAAUGGGUUUGCACAUGAUAAAAGCUAUACGCGAUGUUAGAUACACCACGAAGGUGGAUCUAAAUAUGAGAAUAGGAAUUCACAGCGGGUCGGUGCUGUGCGGGGUUCUUGGUUUGCGAAAGUGGCAAUUUGACGUGUGGUCGUACGACGUCACACUCGCGAAUCAUCUCGAGAGCGGAGGAAUACCGGGAAGGGUGCACAUUUCCGCCGACACGCUCAAGUGCCUGAACGACGCGUACGAGGUGGAGCCCGGAUACGGUAGCGAGCGAGACAAUUAUCUCAAAGACAGAAACGUUGUGACAUAUCUCAUCAAACAGGUGGAGCCGCUCAAAUCCAGACGAAGAGCCUCGUCGAAACCGAAGAUUCUGACGGAGGAGGAAGCGGCUGCGAACAGAAACAAGAAGAGCUUCAAGCUGAACAACCCCCACACGGGCGCGAACGCGCCUCAGAACACCAGCUUGGAAGAUGACACCAUCGGAAUCGAUUGGACACCUGAAAUCCCAUUUGAGAAUUUGAAUACGGCUACGUCGGUGAGCAACUUGGAGUCCGAGUAUCUCGAGGAGGAGAAUGGUCAACCGGUCAAGCCGAGCAACAAAACGGCCGCGACGACUCCCAGUGAGAAGAAGAACGCCAUCGAAACUGCCAGUAACAAACGCAUGAGAUCGGCGAAUAUAAAUGCCUGGACUUUGCGCUUUAACGACGAGAGUCUGGAAUCCAAGUUCGACCAAUUGCGGGAAGACAUGUUCAAGUCCAACAUGAUAUGCUGCUUCGUCAUUUGGCUCUUCAUUGCCGUGUGCCAGGCCAUAAUUCUAUCCAAUUGCAUAAUUCUUCUGAUCUCCCUGCUGGUGACGACGGUGAUCCUGGUGACAUCGUCGAUACUGGUGAUGGCGGAAGAGUUCAAGGGCAUGCCGACGUAUCUGCAACACACGUCGUCCAUGCUGGUGCACAACAAGAAAUAUCGCACCGCGUUUAUCUGCAGCGUUAUCAGCCUGAUGGCAAUGACGUCCAUUAUCGGCGUGCUGACGUGUUACAUUCCCGUGCGUCUUUAUCCGGAAAUGAUAGUGCUGGAACGUCAGCAACAAGAACCGACCACGAUGGCUCUGCCGGUGGCGGAGAAGCUGACCGGAACCACCUCUAAGUCACACAUGGACCACCUGGUGUUGACCUUCCUGGAGGCUGCUCUGAGCGACGAGCCCGCCGAGGAGCAGAAGACCGUUCCUGCGGAGAAUAACACUCUGGAAGGUUCCAGCAAUAUCGAGCUGAAGCUUACGCGGGUGGUGAACGACAGGGCGCCCGGAAGAAGCAGAAAGGAGUUCUUCAGAUUCUACAGAUAUGAACAACACUACGACCAGCCGGAGUCUGGAAAUCGACGUUACAGGCGAGUCGCGCGCAAACGUGACACCGGGGGUUUCCAGAGGAAGAUUCUCUCCGUCGCCGAAGAGAAAAUUAAUUCGGAGCCUCUGACGAGCAUCGACGAGCCCAUCUCGUACGAGACCAGUUGCAUCCGGCCGGAAUACAUGGUGUUCACGUGGAUCCUGUGUCUGGUUGCACUUGCCUCAGCUCUAAAGCUGUACUAUCUUAUCAAAACAGCGCUGGCAGCUGUGAUCGUCCUUGUAUACGCGGUGCUGAUUCUGAUCGUGUGCAAGGACAUGUUUUCUGAGGAGAGAAACGCAUCGGCGAUAUCUCUACCGGCGCAGAUGCUGACGUUCCUCUCGGUGUUCCUCGUGAUGGUGACGUAUCACGGUAGACUGGUGGAAGUGACGUCACGUUUGGACUUCCUGUGGAAACAACAGGCCGAGCGGGAGCUGAGCGACAUGAUCGAGUCGCGACACAACAAUAUGCAGCUUUUGAAGAACAUCCUCCCGGAUCACGUGGCGCAUCACUUCCUCACGGCUGAUCGCGCGCCGGAAGAACUCUACUCGCAAUCGCGGGACAAGGUCGGCGUGAUGUUCGCCAGCGUGCCGAACUUCACCGAGUUCUAUUCGGAGGAUGUGAACAAGGGAAUGGAGUGCAUUCGAUUGCUCAACGAGAUAAUUGCUGAUUUCGACGAGUUGCUGGACGAGACGCCGUUCCAAUGCAUCGAAAAGAUAAAAACGGUCGGCGCCACUUACAUGGCCGCGUCAGGCCUGAACCCCAGUCAAACUGACAAAGCUGAUGAUAUGGGACAUCUGUGCAAACUGGUGGAUUACGCGGUGGCAAUGCGCCAUCGUCUUGAGGACGUGAACGUUCACUCGUUCAACAACUUCGACUUGCGAGUGGGUAUAAGUUGCGGACCGCUUGUGGGCGGUGUGAUCGGGGCUCGAAAGCCCGUCUUCGACAUUUGGGGCAAUACUGUGAACGAGGCUUCCCGCAUGGACUCCACCGGCGUGAUGGGAAAGAUCCAAGUCCCGCACGAUAUUGCCAGAUUUUUGGAGUCACGGGGCUAUCAGACGCAGAAACGCGGACUGAUCGAGGUGAAGGGAAAGGGCACGAUGGAGACGUACUUCGUGCUGGGCAAGAGCACCGUGCAACAGGAAGGCACCCCGAGACACAGGAGCACUUGUCGCAGUCUCGCCGCGGUGGUCUACGGGGUGGUUCAGGCGCGCCGCAAGCAGAUUAGAAAGCAAGCUAUGCGGAGAACGUAGAAUUUACUGAGACUCGAGAAUCUAUUAAUGGAUACUACGAUUGCGUAUAGCGCGCCACUGAUGUUAGACGAGCCGGUGCAGAGCAAUCACGUCGUAUCCGAGUCGAGUGGAAGUGUGCGAAAAGAAUCAAAAAAAUGACACUGAUAGUUUUUAGAUUUCUGACGAUCAAACUGCUAGUCACGUGCGAGUGAGUAUACAAUUCAGGGAGAGCUUUUUUCUCUCUCAACAUUCUCUCUCUUUUUAACAAAUCUAAAAAGAAAAACUAAUUAUAGGCGUAAUAACGUUAAUAUAGAAUAAAAUAAAAAAUAUUGCAUACACACGCAAACAUAAAAUCAGUACAACUAUAAUUAAAUAUUCGCUGUGAAAAAAAGAUUGUAUUCUAUUUUUCCCCAUUUUAAUAUUAA